GUUUCAGUUUAUCAGAAGCAGCUAGACAAGGUGAGUACUACUUUCUAUGAGCUACUCUUCACUGAGAAUUCUCUGUUAUUACAUUUUUUUUAAAAACAUUUUUUCAAUAAUAAUCAGUAAAAAAUAACAAUGAAAUAAAAUAACUAUCUGUCUUUACACUGAAAGAAUUUCAGAUGAAAUUUCUCAGAUGUAAAAUUAGAAGAACAAUGAUCGGCAUAUAUCAGACUUCAUCUGAAAACUGUCAUGUGGCAUUCAAGUGGAAGAGGACUUGUGUGACAUGAAAAAGGAAUAAAAAGGCAAAUUGCUGUAGAGUUGCUCUAAGAUAGGACAUUACAGACAUUUGUAUUUACUGUAUUAUCUAUCAGUUACACUGGGCACUACAGCCUGAAUGUGCUGGUUUAUUAACUCCCAGUUUAUAAAUGUUUUUUUUUUCUGUAUGUAACAUGAUACUCUUGUUGUAAUGUUUUGGUAGAUCUUGGAGCUCUGUGAUCAGAAGACUUCACAAAGGAUUUCAUGAAAGUUCCCCAGGAUGAUGGAGUGGACUUCUUCCUCACAGGGACAGCAUGAAGCUUUUAUAUGGUUUACCGAUUCCCAGCUCAAAUCGGUGAUCAGGAAUGGUGUAGUCCCUGAAUGGUUUCACGGGAUUAUUUCCAGGAAGUAAGUCUAACAAGUCUAUCAGUAUCUGCCAUCAAAGAGAGAAUGUGGGCGCACAUUUUUAAAAACCUUGCAUGAUAAGCUCAACAUGAUAUUCUAUUUCAGUAUGUUGUUGUUUUUUGUGUGCAGCAUACAGAUAUAACUUUAUCAACAUUUGUGUCUUUGGGGUGUCAAAUAAUACAAUUUUAGACAUCAUUUUAAUAUCAAGUCAAAGACAGGAAGUAAAAUGUUGCUCGUGCUGCCUCUGUUUAGAGUAGAUAGCAUGCCCCAGCCAGGACAUGAAAACAACAACAACAACCAGCCUUUAACUGAACACAAACCAAACAAAAUGAACCAUUUAAUCCUAAUCAAUCCAUUUUUUAGGUUACUAUGAGAAUCUUUGAAAUCGCGCAUUUUUCCCUCCUAAAACUAUGUGUUAAAAAAUCAUAUACCACUUUGCUGAUUUGUAUUGAGCACAAAGUAGAAGUUAAGUAUGGAAACCAAACACUGAUUAUAGAUGUUGACCUAUAAUAGAAACUGAUCUCAUGCACUUUCGGGAAGUAGUUUUAUCAAUGGACUUUACCCUGAUGUAGAUUUCAAAGAAUUUAUACUUCCUCCGCACCCACUGUAAGCUACACAGUCACAACUUUGGGUAAUGGUUGACACGAAAGGAUAACUUUUGAACAUGGCUUGUUAAAUAAGUUUACAUUCAGAGUUGAUAAGCCCACAAACGUCAUCUGUUUAUCUGGUAGGUCAUUACACAACAUUUUUUUAGUAACUCUUUCUAGCUCCAGUACACGUACAAGAUUACCCAAUAGAAUUGCUAGAGCACUUUCAGAUGACAGUGCACUGUGAGGGGAGUCAUUGUUGUAACUUGGCUUGUUAUCCAUCCAGAACAGCAGAGGAGCUUCUGAUGCCUAAGCCUCCGGGCUACUUCCUCAUCAGAGUCAGUGAGAGCAGGAUUGGCUACACACUCUCAUAUCGGUGAGUGUUUGUAGGAUCUGUGGAGCCAUAUUUUCUGUUAGCAGGUCAAAGUCCUGUCCUGUUUGUGCCCUUAAAGUGUUUUUUUGUCCUUCUUGUUGACCCUCAGUGUUGAAGACCGCUGCAGACAUUUUAUGAUUGACGCACUGGAGGACGGGCGUUAUAUUAUUGUAGGGGAAAACAGGAGUCACCAGUGUCUGCAAGACCUGGUAGACUUUCAUCGUAGGACUCCCAUCAUGCCUUACAGUGAGAUGUUAACUGUAGCUUGUGGACAGGUAAGGGGAUCUUUUAUUAUUUAUAGUGUGUAUUUAAGUGGUUUGUAGCACUUUUUUAUUGUAACAAAGGUAAAGGCAUUAUUGAGAAUAAUAAUAGAAACAAUGCAAACAGAAAUAAAAACACAACCUCAAUCCAACCAAGUACAACCAAUAGUUAGAAACACAAGAACAAAGACAGAAUCCAAAAUGUUCUCUGAAACUGACACGAUUACAAGUCCUUGCAUCCUGACGCUGAUUGAAUUCACUGGCUUAUCAAAUUGACCUCGAUGUUGCCGCUCUGUGUUGUGUUACUUUAUAAAGUAAAAAUAAAAAUGACGCACAGGAAUAUAACUUCUACAUGAUAUUUGUAAUUUUGGUAGCCAGAGAACAUGUAAUCACUGGAGGUUAAAAAUCACAAUUUCAUGCCCCCCUUUUGUAGGUUAGAGAUGGGCCACCCCUGUCAAAAAAUCUGGACACACCCUGUUUGGAGAUAAAUCAAUGCAUGAAUUUAAAUUUUUGUUCGUUUUUAAAUAGAAUAAAAGGAGGGGACUCAUAAGUUUGUACAUGAUAUAAGAUUAACUCUGUUUAACUUUGUGAAAAGACAGCACUACACAUGCGCUUAGAAGAAUUUACAACCAUUCAGAGGAAAAAGAUGUCUCAUUUCCUGUCUGAAACUACUUCAUUUGCCUAUUUGUUUAACACCUGUACAUGAUGCAAAAGUUGCAUGACCUCUCAUUUUUCUACUUUCUCUUUCCCUCUUUUUUUUUUUUUUACAUCAGAGCUCAAAUGACAAAACUGACUACGCAGAACUACUGUUUACACAAAGCCAUCCGAUCCCUACCACAAAUUUGCAGCAGAACAUCUCCCUGCAUAUCAGCAGAAAUCCCGCUGCACCACAAGAAGAUAUCCCACCAGCCCUUCCUCACCGACCUAACAACCUGAGGAUCCCUGCAGGCUUUUCUCAGGGCAGACUUUACCCUAGUUUGGAAGAGGAGUUCCCACGUGACAGCCUCCUUCCUCCAACCCCUGUAAUGCUGAAUUCUGCAAUUUACUGUGUAUACUGUCUGGUUCUUGAACAAUUAACUGAUAUCCCAUUUAGUCCUUUAAUUUAUAUUCUGAAAGAUUGAAUUGUUAAAAGUACAGCACUUUAUUUCCUUAAAGAAGGGUAUUAAUACUUUUAUAUUUAUGAUCUACAGCCUGUGCCAAUGCCCAGGAAGAACCAGCCACCUCAACUUCCUAUUGAAAGCCCUCUUCCUCCAUUGAAGCAGAACCAGGCCUGCGUCAGAACAGUCUCUGCUCCGGACAGCCGCUUCACACAUUCAGCCACCGUGCAAGCAUUCAGCACCCAAAGGAACCAGGAAGCAAAGCCAUCAGUCGUCUCCAACCUAAAGAACUUGAGGAAAAAAUUCGGAAAGAAGAGAAGUCCAUCGCAGGAAUUAAUGAAUGCAGAGAUCAAUGUGGGGGCUACUGAGAGGAGUGGAAACACUGAGCAUGAGUACCAGGAGAUCACAGGGGAGCAGAGUAAACCAUUUUCUAACACCUGCCCUGAUAUCAGACUGACUAAUGAAAGGCUACCUCACGAGUACAGACAACCUCCACCAUUUGCUCCAGGAUACUGACAUUGAACAGCUUUCUGACAGUAAAUAACUUUAAAAAACAGGAAACAGCUUUCUCAUGUCAGUGUAAAGGAAGUAAGAUCAACCUGCAAGCACCUCUCAAGCAACCAAAUUAACACGCCAUAUUUAAUUAACUUCAUCCAUCCGAAAUAGAAACCAUGAAAACAAGCUGCACCUUCAUGGAGUUAGGACUGAGUGAAUAUUGGACAAAUUAGUCUCUCAUAUCUAUAUCUGUAAUUGAUAACGGUGAGUCACAAAUGCCCUUUUCCAUUUUGGUGGUUGAGUAAAUGACAACAUGAGAGACCGUCACAGAAAAUAAGAUGAUCCUUGUAGUCUCUUUGCUGCUUCAUGACUAGAUUUUUAUAUUCAGCUCAAUUCUUUAAUUCUUACGUUUGGUGUUGUGCUUAUAAAAGUGCAGCAGGAGGAAGUUUCUGCAGAGCAUGUAAAUUAGGUAUUUGAUGGUUGGCUACUUUACAUACAGGUGACACAGGUCUUUGUAGUGGGUAGGUACAUUAUUGGCAAUGACAAGGGAAGCUGAAAGAAAAUGCAGACUCUUAUCAAACCUGUCUCGGGUGAAAUUAUGCACAUGAAUGAAACAGUGUUUUGGGCACAGUAGAGACAUUUUUCAUCUUUUUUUUCACAGCAAGUAUAGGUCAGAUAUUUCUUGUUUAUGUGAAAGAUAAAGACUUUGACACAUCUAGACCACAUGCUCCUAUCAUAUUUCACAUCCAUGUACAGAGUUGCUUAAUAUAUCAGGCACCUUGUUUAUGUGCCAUGACUGAGUUAAUAAAUCAGAUUUACAACAUG